AUGAUGGCGACUGACACGACAUCCACCACGGACAUGGACAAGUCCACUCCAACAUCCGAACUGGAUGGCACUGCUGAGAAACUUUCGAUGGCAAAUGCAUCUGAGUCUGAUGACAGAGAUUACAUUACCGGCCCGAAACUCUUCCUCGUCCUCGGCAGCCUUACCCUUGUAGUGUUCCUCAUACUCCUCGACAUCACAAUUCUCGGCACGGCUAUUCCGGAAAUAACGACCGAAUUCAACGCGCUUGCUGACGCCGGCUGGUACAUUGGUGCCUAUCAACUCGCCAGCGCCUCUCUCCAACUGAUGUCCGGGAAAUUGUAUACGUACUUCAACAACAAGUACACCUUCCUUGUGUAUUUUGCAUUCUUUGAAUUGGGCUCUCUAAUAUGUGCCGUGGCCAAUUCCUCAUCGCUUUUCAUCGGAGGACGAGCGAUUGCUGGACUGGGUUCGGCGGGUAUCAUAAAUGGGGGAAUGACCAUCAUAAGCGGUGCUGUGCCGUUGAUCAAGAGACCUCUUUACACCGGUAUUCUUCUUGGUACCGCCCAGAUGGGUAUUGUAGCAGCCCCGAUCAUAGGAGGCACCCUCACACAACAUGUAACCUGGCGUUGGUGUUUCUAUCUCAACCUCCCAGCUGGCGGAGCUGCAGCAAUCCUUUUAUUUUUCGUUCAGAUCCCGGAGCUGACGAAGAAGGAACGGCUCUCACGCGCACUGGUACGGCGAAUCAUCCCAGAGCUCGACCUCAUCGGAUCCGUGCUAUUCGUUCCCAGCUCUCUCAUGUUUCUCCUCGCGUUACAAUUCGGAUCCGCCGGUACAUACGCAUGGUCCAGCUCCCAGAUCAUUGGUCUAUUCGUUGGCGCUGGCGUUCUCGCCCUAGUCUUCUUUGCCUGGGAAUACCAUCAGGGCGACAAGGCGAUGCUUCCAGGAAAUCUGCUCCGCCAACGCACCGUAUGGGCGAGCUGUGCGUUUGGGACGUGCCUGGUCUGCUGUGUCUCCGUCGCAACGAACUGGCUUCCGACAUAUUUCCAAGCCGUCAAGGGUGAAGGACCAACGAUGAGCGGAGUUGACCUUCUCCCUUCGAUAAUCAGCCAACUUAUCUUUGUUAUCAUCUCUGGAGCCGGUACAGCGAGGUUGGGAUACUAUCUCCCCUUUGCACUGUUCUCUGGUGUCACGACGACGGUUGGCAAUGGUCUCGUGUCGACCUUCAGUGCGGGAACAAGUUCUGCACAAUGGAUCGGAUAUCAGGUUUUGAUGGGCAUUGGAAGGGGGGCAGGCAUGCAGAUGUCCUUGGUAGCAAUCCAAAACGCCAUCCCAACUUCCAAAAUCCCCAUCGGUAUGGCUUGCGUCAUCUUUUUCCAGACCUUUGGGACCUCCGUCGCCGUUGUAAUCAGCAACACGAUAUUUACCCAGACCCUGACGUCUACCAUCCCGCGCUAUGCGCCUUCCGUGCCUCCGCAUGCUGCUCUAAGUGCAGGCUCUAGCGCUGAAGCCGUGCGAAUGCUCGUUCCUGCUGGCCGUCCAGAUGAACUGAGCGGUAUCCUGCGGGCGUAUAGUGAGAGCUUGCGGAAUGUGUUCUAUUUCUUGGUUGGCCUCGCGGCAUGCGCAACGGUGUUUAGCUUGGGCAUGGGCUGGAAGAAUGUUGGGAAGAAGAAGAAGCAGGAGGAGGAGAAAGCUGCCGAGCCUGGAAAGGCAGAGGCGACUUGA